AUGGAGCCAAGGUCUGUGAAGCAAGCGCUAGAUGACCCAAAGUGGAAGAGUGCCAUGGAGUUUGAAUUUGCAGCUCUCCUGAGGAAUAAUACCUGGUCCCUAGUUCCUCUCCCAGCUGGCGGAAAGCUAUUGGGAGCAAGUGGGUAUUUCGCCUCAAAUACAAUGAUGAUGGUUUCCACUGCUCUUCGAGAUCUGGGGUUCACAACCACCAAGUCUGAUGUUUCGGUCUUUGUUCGGCACACUUCAUCAUCUCUUACUUAUGUUCUCAUUUAUGUUGAUGAUAUACUCAUCACUGGCAGAUCAAAAAGCGAAAUAUCUGAUGUUAUUCAACGGCUGGACUCUGCCUUUGCUCUAAAGGACAUGGGUCCUUUACAUUACUUCCUGGGAAUUCAGGUCACUAAAACUAGUGAUGGAGGACUGCUCAUGACACAUAGUAAAUAUGUCCAAGACCUGCUGCUCAAAGCAGGGAUGUCAGGGUGCAAACUGUGCUAUACACCUUUGCCCUCCACCUUGAAGAUUCAGGCCACAGGGGGAGUUGAGUUUGCAAACCCUCAUAUGUAUCGCUCAGUGGUGGGGAGUCUGCAAUAUCUCACCAUUACCAGACCUGAACUAGCAUACAAUCUUGACAAAGCUUCACCCACUUCCUUGCUGACACUAAAAGCCUAUUAUGAUUUUGACUGGACAGGGGAUCCCAAUGAUUGCAAAUCAGUUGGAGGGUUCUGUGUCUAUUUAGACAGGAAUUUAAUAUCGUGGCAGUAUAAGAAACAAGGGUUAGUAGCUAGAUCCAGCACAGAGGAUGAGUACAGGGCAUUAGCAGAUUUAGUUGUUGAACUGAUCAGGAUAAAAGGCUUGAUAAGUGAGCUAAAGUGGAGUGUUUCCGAAGCCCCCAUGGCCUAUUGCGACAAUCAGAAUGCAGUCUUGCUGGCAGCAAAUCCUAUUCUCCAUUCAAAAACGAAAUACUUUGAUAUUGACUUGCAUUUCCUGAGGGAUUAUGUGGCAAGGAAUGAGAUUUAG